AUGAGGGGCCGCUGUGGGGUGCAGGUGGGCAGCGGCGUUUCGGGGCUGGGCCCGGCGAUAGAGGACAGGCCGGGAGAAGGACGGGCCAGCGGUCUCCGGAGCCAACAGCCGAAGAAGCCAGGCCGGUUCCUUGAAGCUGUUUCCCACUCGGGAGGAUCUGAGGAAAUGAAGCCCCCAGUUGCAUACCAGAAGCUCAAGACACCGGAGAGCCCUCAGGAGUUGCUGCCCCUGGCUGAGCAGCCCGGCCAGACUCUGCGCCAGUUCCGUGGCUCUGCACUGGGGAGGCCCUGCCACAGCGUCUCUGGCUUGCGUCCUGCAGAGCCACCUGGCCAAUCUACGUCCAUCCUGGCCUGGGAUUUUCAGUGCAUCCUGGUGACAGCCAUCUUGUCCACUCUGCUGGUGGUGGCCCUGGUGGUCCACUCGUUCUUCUUUCCUUUGCAAAGUUUGGCCACAGUGGGGAAUGUGGCAUUGGUGCCACGUGUGGAUCACGCAUGCAGCGACUCAUGCAGGAGUGUGCUGGUGGAGAGCAUCCCUGAAGGACUGACAUAUGACGACAACAGCACAGUCAGCCCUUCCACUUUUGAGACUUGGCAAAGCCUUCUGAGAAGCGCAAGGAGCUCCGUGGACAUUGCCUCUUUCUACUGGACUCUCAGCAACCGGGACACCCAUACCCAUGAUCCUUCAGCCAGCCAGGGGCAGGAAAUACUAUCGGAGCUCCAGCACACUGCCAGUCGAGGGAUUGUGUUAAGGAUAGCAGUCAACCCGCCUUCUACCCGGAUGCCCAGUGCUGACCUUCAGGUCCUCGAGAAGAGUGGGGCCCAGAUCCGCCAAGUGGACUUACCAAGACUGACCCAGGGAGUCCUGCACACCAAAUUCUGGAUUGUGGACCAGCUACACAUUUAUCUUGGGAGUGCAAAUAUGGACUGGCGUGCCCUUACACAGGUGAAGGAACUCGGGGCGGCUGUCUACAACUGCAGCUGUCUGGCCCAGGACUUGGGGAAGAUGUUUGAGGUCUACUGGGCCCUCGGGCUGCCAAACACCACCAUCCCAUCACCCUGGCCGUCCAAUUACUCCACCACCUACAACAGGGAGACGCCCCUGGAGCUGAAGCUGAACGGCACAGAGGCUGCUGUCUACUUUUCGAGUGCCCCCCAAGUCCUGUGUGCCACCGGGCGGACGGACGACCUCCAGUCCCUACUGAGCGUCAUCGAAGGGGCCCAGGAGUUUGUCUACGUGGCCGUGAUGAGUUACUUGCCCACCAUGGAGUUCUCCCACCCGAGGAGGUUCUGGCCAGUCAUCGAUGACCACUUCCGGAAAGUGGCCUACGAGAAGAGAGUCCGCCUCCGCCUCCUGGUCGGCUGCUGGAGACACUCCAAGCCAAAUAUGUUCCCCUUCCUGCACUCCUUGGCUGCCCUGCAGGACAACCGCACCCAUUACAGCCUGGAAGUGAGGCUCUUUGUGGUGCCCGCAAAUGAGACGCAGGCCAAGAUCCCCUAUGCCAGAGUGAACCACAGCAAGUUCAUGGUAACAGACAAGGUGGCUUACAUCGGAACCUCCAACUGGUCCGGGGACUACUUCCUGCACACGGCAGGCUCCGCCCUGGUGGUGGCUCAGAGCCCGGCCCGGGCGGGGGACCAGCCCACCCUCCGCGAGCAGCUGCAGCGCAUCUUUGAGCGGGACUGGAACUCCGCAUACAGCCGGGACCUGGACCCCGAGGGCCAGUGGGAGGCUCUCUGCAGCGCCCGCUAG